UGGCCGAGCAGCCACACACAAGCCUAAGAUCACCAUGUGCAAUGCCAAGCGUCGCCUGGAGUGGUGUAGAGCCCACCGCCAUUGGACUCUGAAGCUGUGGAUAUGCGUUCACUGGAGUGAUGAAUCAUUCUUCACCAUCUGGCAGUCCGAUCGAAGAAUCUGGUUUUGGUGGAUGCAAGGAGAACGCUACCUGCCCGAAUGCAUAGUGCCAACUGUAAAGUUUGGUGGAGGAGGAAUAAUGGUCUAGUACUCUUUUUCAUUGUUCGUGCUAGGCCCUUUAGUUCCAGUGAAGGGAUAGCUUAACGCUACUGCAUACAAUGACAUUCUAGAUGAUUGUGCGCUUCCAACUUCGUGGCAACAGUUUGGGGAAGGCCCUUUCCUUCUUUAGCAUGGCAAUGCCCCCGUGCACAAAGAGAGGUCCAAACAGAAAUUAUUUGUCGAGAUUGGUGUGGAAGAACUUGACUUGCCUGCACAGAUCCCUGACCUCAACCCCAUCGAACAACUUUGGGAUGAAUUGAAACGCCAACUGCGAGCCUAAUUGCCCAACAUCAGUGCCCGACCUCACUAAUGUUCUUCUGGCUGAAUGGAAGCAAGUCCCAGCAGCAAUGUUCCAACAUCUAGUGGAAUGCUUUUCCAGAAGAGUGGAGGCUGUUUUAGCAGCAAAGGGGGGACCAACUCCGUAUUAAUGCCCAUGAUUUUGGAAUGAGACGUUUGACGAGCAGAUGUCCACAUACUUUUGUUCAUGUAGUGUACUUUUAACUUUUCCCUUUCUCUGCUGAUAACAUAGAGAUAGAAGACUCAUCUUUGUAUCUGUGCCAUUAUAGCAAAGAUUUUUUGAUAACUAACCCAAGAUAGACCAGAGCUUGUAGUUUCCACGAGCUAGUGAGAUCCUAUUAGCACGUUCUAGCAUUUAUUUGCGUAUUUCCAUUAGGGAACACCUACUCUGUGACGUGUGCGUGUUUAUUAACUCAAUUCGCCCUUGCACUCCUUCCAAACAACGCCAUUUUUGUAAAACUUUGGCAAAGGGUAAAGUCUACAAAAUGCAGUCCACUCUGUUAGAGUCUAGUUUUGGAAACCGAGAACUGUAUGGAGAUCAAAUGUUUCAUCGAUUAGAACAUUUGCAGAAUGUUGGACAAAAUCACCUUGUUCCAUUUUCUCCUUCUGCUGGCCUCUGGGCUUCAUCUCUUCACCAUAUCUGGUAGUGAGUGGAAACAUCAACCGAAUGCUUCACGUGCAUACAUCCGGUAAAAUAUCUGGCUCAUUGUUCUAUCUUUGAUUAGUGUCUGUGACAGCAUGGGCAGCGGCACUGAGGCAAUCUCCAUUUUCAGGUAGUCAAUUUUCUUCUUCACAAUUGGCUGACCCCUCCUGAUGGCCUGGUUGGACAUGACUGCAACAGGGUCUCCAGAAGGGAUCAUCCAAUGAAGUUGUAAGUCCCACCCAGUUGGCUACAUUAAAAUGGUGGAAUCCCUCAAUUGUGCUGCCCAUGCUAAUUCUGCCUUUUGGCCACUAGAGGUCUCUAUCAUUCUCUAUGGCAGAUACUUUUUGGCGAGAAUGAAUGUUCCUUUAAGAAUCCACAUCAGGCAAUUAGUCAACAGGCGCUAAAUCUUUGCACAUGAUCCAGGGAUCUUUGCCUGAUUGGUCAGGUUUCAUGACUAACAAUCCAGGAAAUGCAGCGUCUUUCCGGUUUAAGAUGGUGGAUAAAUGAAGAGGUCCCGCUCAGGCCGUUGAUCAUUAAAAUAAAAUGAAUGUAAUGUGAAGGUGUUGACCUAACCAGAGACACUCUUGUUAACAAGAUGAAGAACAAAUCUGUGAAAAAGCAACACAAAAUCAAGAGGUCUAAACACCAUCGAGACCCCAUCAAAACAGAGUGUGAAACACAGUCAGAUGAUGUUAACUGCAAAAGAGAAGAACCAGACAUUAGCCAAGCUCCCUCUCCCAACACUAAAGGGGUUACUUCCAACUCCAUCCAAAUUAAAGAGGAACCAGCAGACUUUGAAGUACAGAGUCAUUGCUUGGAUUCUAGAGCACUCCACAAGGAUUCUGGAACCGUCAUAACCAAGACUGAAACAGAUUCCGUUUACAUUAGCCAAGGAACAGUAGAGAUAAAAGCGGAGUAUGAUUCUGAUUCUGAAAUACACAAGGUGGUGGUUAAGAGAGAAACUCAAGUGUGUUUCAUGAAGGAGGAGAAUGUGGGUGAAGAAAACACAGAUGAGGACCCUGAAGACGGGAGGGAUACUGACAGCAACAAAGUCUCUUCUCCUCAGUUCUUUCCUUGCUCAUACUGCACCAUCUCCUUCACCAACCAUUCCUUCCUGGAAAAGCACAUCAAGUGGAACCACCAGAAGGAGUAUCUGGCCAUGUUGAGAAAUAGUUUUUCAAAGAGCAGUGGAACAGAGACGGUCCCAACACACAGCUGCCUCCACUGUAGCCUCAUGUUCCAAACCCCACGGCUGCUUAGCAUCCACACCCGCCAGAUCCACCCUUCAGCCACUCCCCGGAAACCUGCUCGUCCCCACAGGGUUUCGGUGAAACUCUACACCUGCCCACAGUGUGCCCGCAGAUUCAGAUACCUGGGCAGUCUGCAAAACCACUGUGAGCUUUCACACAAAAUGGCUGUUGUCAGCACCAAUGGACACCUCAGUUGUGCCGAUUGUGGGAAGAGCUUCAAGAAUUGUUGGGGACUGGGACCUCACCUGUGUCACGAACCAGAGGGCACAGAACCUCAGGACAUUAAGCCUGUGGUCUGUCUUGAAGUCGGCUUCCAUUGCUCAGAGUGUGGCAAGAUCCUCUGUAGUCCUCAGAGCCUGAACAUUCACAUGCGAAUUCACACCGGAGAGAAGCCUUAUGCCUGCAAGGAGUGUGGCAAAAGAUUUGCUGAGAGCGGCAGUUUACGCAAACACCUGCUGAUACACUCUGGAGUCAAGGCAUUCAAAUGUCAGGAAUGCGGGAAGGAUUUUGCCCGUAUGAAGGGUCUCAGGAGUCACAUGACCACUCAUUCUGGCAAAAAGCAGUACUCCUGCUCCCACUGUGACCGGCAGUUUGGAUACAAGUCUAGUCUGACCAUUCACCUACGCUCUCACACAGGGGAGAAACCCUUUCACUGCACAGAGUGUGGUAAAGACUUCUCUAUCAAGAGAAACCUGAGACUUCACCUAAAGAUCCACAACAAUGAGAAAGGCCACCAGUGUGGGGAGUGCGGCCUGAAGGUGAUAGACAUUGGGGCGUUGAAGACACACAUGCGCUCACACACCGGCGAGAGGCCUUACCACUGCACAGUGUGCAGCAAGCAGUUCAUUCGACUGGAACACCUGAAGAACCACCAACGCACUCACACAGGUGAGAGACCAUACGUCUGUUCUGAGUGCAGCAAGAGUUUUGCUCAAUCUGGAGAUCUCACAAAACACAUACGCACCCACACUGGAGAGAAGCCGUAUGAAUGUUCUGUCUGCCACGGCUGCUAUACCUCUUCAGGGGAUCUGGGAAAACACAUGAGGAUCCACAAUGGCUCACGGCCCUUUCCCUGCCAGGAGUGUGACAAGAGCUUCCGCUUGGUCGGCCACCUUAAAACUCACAUGAGGACCCACACUGGUGAGAGACCGUACUCCUGCCCUCGCUGCCUCCGGACCUUCGCUCGCACCCACCACCUCUCUGUUCACCUGGCUCAGUGUCGCUGAUUGAUGAUAAUGAUUUGCCUGGUUGUGUUGCGCCUUUCUCAAAUUCAUUGCUUUAUGGGGGUAACUCACCCUUUCCACUACUCCCAAUUUGUAGCCCUUACCUGGGGGGGCAGCCAUAUUUCACUAAAACACUGAGGUGGGUGGUGGUGGGGCAUUUGGCUGACUAUUACAGCGGACAAACAAGAUGAUGUAGGAAGCGUCAAUUCGAAGGUGUAAGAGCUCCAGACAUUGACACUCCACUAGAUACUAGAGGUCGACCAAUUAUGAUUUUUCAACGCCGAUACCGAUUAUUGGAGGACAAAAAAAGCCGAUACCGAUUAAUCUGCCGAUUUUAUUUUUAUUUUUUAUUAUUAUUUAUUUAUUUAUUUUUAAUUUUAUUAUUAUUAUAAAAAAUAAAUAAAUAAAUAAGUUGUGUAUAUAUAUACACACACACACACACACACACACACACAUUUUUGUAAUAAUGACAACUGCAACAAUACUGAAUGAACAAUGAACACUUUUAUUUUAACUUAAUAUGAUACAUAAAUACACACACACACAGCUCUGAAGUGACAAUGAUACUGAAGAUUCUGCUUAGGAGACAAAUACUCUCAAUUGUUUGAAUAAAAAUAGAGUUUAAGUUACCUGUGAUGAAUGUUGAAAACAAAAACUGUAAUUUCUAUAUGCAGGAAAUCCUAUUUUAACAAUGGGCAUGGUAAGAAUUGACGACCAAAGUGUGAGUCAUAAUUCCCAUGACACCUACUAGCAAAAUCUGAAAAGCGGUUCCUUCAUUUAUUCCAUAGGAUAUUUUUAGAUUCACUUAAAAUAUGGUCUGUGUUUCGUGUCACACCACCGUGACAAUUUUAUAACUGUAGAUAUCCAUAGGACAAUGUAACUCUGAUCAAUAUUGGCUAAAUAUAAGCAAAGAUCAUUUUUUUUGUAGAGUGGAUUUAUGAAAAUAUGUUGACAAACGUUACCUUAUCCUAGUGAGAUUUACACGGGUAUCAAAAUGUCGAGGCGGUUUAAGCCUGCACGAAACACAGACCUUAUUUGAAGUAGAUCAAGACAUUCUCUAUGGAAGACAUGAACGGUAAAAUAACGAAGGAACCCCUUUCAAGUUCAGCCGCAAUUUAUUACAGGAAUUAUAACGCGUCGACUAUUUCGCUCUAAACCAUAUACCUUUGACUAAUCCGGAAACUAUCACCUCGAAAACAAAACGUUUAUUCCGUUCCGUAUUUUAUCUAACGGGUGGCAUCCAUGAGUCUAAAUAUUCCUGUUACAUUGCACAACCUUCAAUGUUGUCAUAAUUACGUAAAAUUCUGGCAAAUUAGUUUGCAAAGAGCCAGGCGGCCCAAACUGUUGCAUAUACCCUGACUCUGCGUGCAAUGAACGCAAGAGAAAUGACACAAUUUCACCUGGUUAAUAUUGCCUGCUAACCUGGAUUUAUUUUAGCUAAAUAUGCAGGUUUAAAAAUAUAUACUUGUGUAUUGAUUUUAAGAAAGGCAUUGAUGUUUAUGGGGAGGUACAUAUUGGAGCAAUGACAGUCAUUGAUUGAUUUGUUUUUUAUAAGAUAAGUUUAAUGCUAGCUAGCAAUUUACCUUAGUUUACUGCAUUCGCAGCACAGGCAGGCUCCUCGUGGAGUGCAAUGUGAUCAGUGUUAGAGCAUUGGACUAGUUAACUGUAAGGUUGCAAGAUUGGAUCCCCCGAGCUGACAAGGUUAAAAAUCUGUCGAGGCAGAACGUUCCUAGGCCGUCAUUGAAAAUAAGAACGUGUUCUUAACUGACUUGCCUAGUUAAAUAAAGAUGAAAUAAAGGUGUUUUAAAUAAAUAAAAACGGCGCCCAAAAAUACCGAUUUUUCGAUUUGUUAUGAAAACUUGAAAUCGACCAUUCGGAUUAAUCGGUCGACCUCUACUAGAUACAGCUAGAUGUUGGGUAGAGUUUUUAGUUGGCAUGCAUUUUCAGAUUUGUUUUCUGGACAUUAAAGGGAUAGUUCACAACAAAGUACAACUUGAUCUAAUUUCCCACUUACAGUGGCUGUAGGUGUAGAUGAUUCACCAAUUCAUCAAAACGUCAAAAUUUGAUUAUAGCGCAAUAAAGUGACUUAAAUGUAAGGUAGACGUCUAUCAUGUCAGUUACUAUUUUGAGUGAAUUAUCUCUGUUUUGUACUAUAUCUAAAAUAAUGACACUAUUUUACUGAAUGUAUGAUGACAUUUGUUUUCUUAUGAAGGUGAGCAGAUUGGGUCUCUGCAGUACAGUCGUGGCCAAAAGUUUUGAGAAUGACACAAAUAUUAAUUUUCACAAAGUCUGCUGCCUCAGUUUGUAUGAUGGCAAUUUGCAUAUACUCCAGAAUGUUACGAGGAGUGAUUAGAUGAAUUGCAAUUAAUUGUAAAGUCCCUCUUUGCCAUGCAAAUGAACUGAAUCCCCCAUAAACAUUUACACUGCAUUUCAGCCCUGCCACAAAAGGACAAGCUGACAUCAUGUCAGUGAUUCUCUCGUUAACACAGGUGUGAGUGUUGACGAGGACAAGUCUGGAGAUCACUCUGUCAUGCUGAUUGAGUUCGAACAACAGACUGGAAGCUUCAAAAGGAGGGUGGUGCUUGGAAUCAUUGUUCUUCCUCUGUCAUCCAUGGUUACCUGCAAGGAAACACGUGCCGUCAUCAUUGCUUUGCACAAAAAGGGCUUCACAAGCAAGGAUAUUGCUGCCAGUAAGAUUGCACCUAAAUCAACCAUUUAUCCAGUUAACUUCAAGGAGAGUGGUUCAAUUGUUGUGAAGAAGGCUUCAGGGUGCCCAAGAAAGUCCAGCAAGCGCCAGGACCGUCUCCUAAAGUUGAUUCAGCUGCGGAAUCGGGGCACCACCAGUACAGAGCUUGCUCAGGAAUGGCAGCAGGCAGGUGUGAGUGCAUCUGCACGCACAGUGAGGCGAAGACUUUUGAAGGGUGGCCUGGUGUCAAGAAGGGCAGCAAAGAAGCCACUUCUCUCCAGGAGAAACAUCAGGGACAGACUGAUAUUCUGCAAAAGGUACAGGGAUUGGACUGCUGAGGACUGGGGUAAAGUCAUUUUCUCUGAUGAAUCCCCUUUCCGAUUGUUUGGGUCAUCCGGAAAAAAGCUUGUCCGGAGAAGACAGGGUGAGUGCUACCAUCAGUCCUGUGUCAUGCCAACAGUAAAGCAUACUGAGACCAUUCAUGUGUGAGGUUGCUUCUCAGCCAAGGGAGUGGGCUCACUCACAAUUUUGCCUAAGAACACAGCCAUGAAUAAAGAAUGGUACCAACACAUCCUCCGAGAGCAACUUCUCCCAACCAUCCAGGAACAGUUUGGUGACACAAAAUGCCUUUUUUCCAGCAUGAUGGAGCACCUUGGCAAAAGGGAUAACUAAGUGGCUCGGGGAACAAAACAUCGAUAUUUUGGGUCCAUGGCCAGGAAACUCCCCAGACCUUAAUCCCAUUGAGAACUUGUGGUCAAUCCUCAAGAGGCGGGUGGACAAACAAAAACCCACAAAUUCUGAGAAACUCCAAGCAUUGAUUAUGCAAGAAAGGGCUGCCAUCAGUCAGGAUGUGGCCCAGAAGUUAAUUGACAGCAUGCCAGGGCGGAUUGCAGAGGUCUUGAAAAAGAAGGGUCAACACUGCAAAUAUUGACUCUUUGCAUCAACUUCAUGUAAUUGUCAAUAAAAGCCUUUGACACUUAUGAAAUGCUUGUAAUUAUACUUCAGUAUUCCAUAGCAACAUCUGACAAAAAUAUCUAAAGACACUGAAGCAGCAAACUUUGUGGAAAUUAAUAUUUGUGUCAUUCUCAACUUUUGGCCACGACUGUACAUACAAGAAACAAAUACUCUUUAUACAGCCUAUGUACUGAAUCUAUAACCUACUUUAACCGAUAGUGUUGUCUUGGUGUGUGUGUGAUAAAUAGUAGUAUCUUUGUGUGUGAUAAAUAGUUGUGUUGUAACUGAUUAAUUACACUACCGUUCAAAAGUUUGGGGUCACUUAGAAAUGUCCUUGUUUUUGAAAGAAAAACACCUUUUUUUUUGUCCAUUAAAAUAACAUCAAAUUGAUCAGAAAUACAGUGUAGACAUUUAAUGUUGUAAUGACUAUUGUAGCUGGAAACAGCAGAUUUUUCAUGGAAUAUCUACAUAGGCGUACAGAGGCCCAUUAUCCGCAACCAUCACUCCUGUGUUCCAAUGGCAUGUGUUAAACUUAGAUUAGCUAUAAUUUUAAAAGGCUAAUUGAUCAUUAGAAAACCCUUUUGCAAUUAUGUUAGCACAGCUGAAAACUGCUGUUCUGAUUAAAGAAGCAAUAAAACUGUUCUUCUUUAGACUAGUUGAGUAUCUGGAGCAUCAGCAUUUGUGGGUUCAAUUACAAGCUCAAAAUGGCCAGAAACAAAACUUUCUUCUGAAACUCGUCAGUCUAUUCUUGUUCUGAGAAAUGAACACUAUUCCAUGCGAGAAAUUGCCAAGAAACUUAAGAUCUCGUACAACACUGUGUACUACUCCCUUCACAGAACAGCGCAAACUGUCUCUAACCAGAAUAGAAAGAGGAUAAGUACAUUAGUGUCUAGUUUGAGAAACAGAUGCCUCACAAGUCCUCAACUUGCAGCUUCAUUAAAUAGUACUUGCAAAACACCAGUCUCAACGUCAACAGUGAAGAGGUGACUCCGGGAUACUGGCCUUCUAGGCAGAGUUGCAAAGAAAAAGCCAUAUCUCAGACUGGUCAAUAAAAGAUAAGGAUGUGCAAAAGAACACAGACACUGGACAGAGGAACUCUGCCUAGAAGGCUAGCAUCCCGGGGGUCGCCUCUUCACUGUUGACGUUGAGACUGGUGUUUUGCGGGUACUUUUUAAUGAAGCUGCCAGUUGAGGACUUGUGAGGUGUUUUUCUCAAAGUAGACACUCUAAUGGACAAACAAAUUGCUUUUCUUUCAAAAACAAGGACAUUUCUAAGUGACCCCAAACUUUUGAACGAUAGUGGUAUUUAUUAUAAAUGAUUAGGCAACUGUUAUUAUAAGAAUGUGUCAAUAACUUGUUAUCUACUAAGUCAUUACAUUGACUAAAAAAAUAUGAAAAAUGUUAAGGCUGUUUAACCAAACUGUGCACAAUGCAAUAAAUUAUUUCAAAAAGUGGUA